GUGAGCUCGUCCCGUGGCAAGACCGUCGACAACAUGAUCUUGGUGACUUUCUCGAUGGGCAACCUCGUCGCCUCCGGUGCCUUUGCCACCGGCAAGUGCCAGCUCGGGAAGAACGUUCAGUGGGUCUCGAUCGCGGGUCCGAUGCAGGGCAGCCGCGCCGGCAACCUCCUCGAAGAAAAGUGUCGUGGUACUGGCUGGGGCGCCCCGCUCAAGGGUGUGCUGAACCUCGUCGGUCAUUGCCCGCCGACGCCGGCGUAUCUCAACCUCAAGACGCAACAAUCCGUGGACCGGUCGUUGCGCGACCAGUUUGCCGCCGCCCAAGACGUCCGUCGUCGGGGCGUCACUAAGGUCAUGUGUGGUACCAAGUCGUCCGGUCUCGUCUCGACAGACGGCGCCGGCUUGGCGGUUGUCGGUUCCAUGGCGUUCGGUGACGACGGCACGCUCCACGACGGUGUCGUCGCCAUGGGCAGUUGCAGCGUCGGUGUUGACAACUUCUCGACCGACGCCGAGGCUGGCGCCAACUACAAGGCGAGCAUCAACCACCUCGAUGCAUCGUUCCGUCACGGCGAUGGCUGGUGGGGCAUCGAUCGCAAGCCCGUCAAGUGGUUCGAAUGCGCUUUCAUCAUGGGCGCAAAUUCAACCCACGCUGCGUGCAACCACCACCCAGACUUGUGGGGUGACAUUCACGAGCACGCGCCGUGCUGCUCGCGUAUUUCAUUCAUGCACUACGAGAGUGUGAAUCGCGCGUGGAAUGAGACGAGCGUCCAAGAGGAGUUCUGCGCUGCGGCCCUGCAGAUGAGCCCCGCGUGCUCUCAAACGGUCGACAACGUGAUGUUGGUGACCUUUUCAAUGGGCAAUCUUGUCGCGGCCAGCGCAUUCGCUUCGGACAAGUGCCAACUCGGCGAGGAUGUGACGUGGGUCUCGAUCGCGGGUCCGAUGCAGGGCAGCCCCGCCGGGAACCUCCUCGAAGACAAGUGCGCGGCAUCCGACUCGGGCUCGGACGGCACGCUCAAGAGCAUUCUGAACCUGUUCGGCAAGUGCCCACCGACACCAGCGUAUCUCAACCUCAAAACCCAAGCUUCGGUCGACGUAUCGUUGCAGAAGCAGUUUGCUGCCGCUCAAGACGUUCGCCGGCGGGGCGUCACCAAGACGAUGUGCGGUGUCAAGUCGUCGGGUCUAGCGACGACCGACGGUGUCGGCCUUGCGAUCCUCGGCUCCAUGGCGUUUAAAGAUGGCUCUGUCCACGACGGCGUCGUCGGUUUCGAGAGCUGUAGCGUCGGCGUCGACGGCUUUGCAACGGACGCCAACGCCGGUGCCAACUACAAGGCGAGCAUCAACCACCUCGAUACGUCAUUCCGCAACGGCGACGGCUGGUGGGGCGCCGACCGCAAGCCCGUCAAAUGGUUCGAGUGUGCUCUUUAGUGUCGUCUACGUAAACACGGGAGAAUCUUUACAGUCGCCUUGCAUUUCCACAG